AUGUCGCGGAAGCACCGUUGCAUCGAUGUGCACCACCACAUCUUCCCUGCCACUCUACGCAAGGCCGCGCAAAGCGAGUCAGUAGGCUUCCGAACGCCUCCGGAGAACCUGCCAUGGUCCCCCGAGGUCAGCCUCGAGGCCAUGGAUGCGUUAGGCGUCGACAUGGCCGUGUUAUCAUUGCCUGCGGGUGUGCCUAGUGGUCCAAUUGGACCCGCGAAUCGCGCAGCGGCGCGGGAGCUCAAUGUCACGGCUGCUCGCAUCUGCCAAAAGUACCCUGGGCGGUUCGCUUUCUUUGCAUGUCUACCUAUCCCAAGCGACACCGAUGCCGCCCUUCAGGAGUUGGCCUAUGCUAUUGAUGAGCUACAUGCUCAGGGAGUGGCUCUCGCGUCGUCCUAUGGCGAUGGCGCUGACGCAACUUACAUCGGUGAUGAUCGGUACGAUCCUGUUUGGGAAGAGCUCGAUAGACGAGGGACUGUAGUCUUCUUGCACGGAGCGCAAAUACCGUCAUCGACGCCGUAUCCUCAUUCAUCCUUAGGAAUCCCUAUCACAGAGGUCCCGAAUGAGACAUACAAGGCCGCCGCCCACCUUGUCGUCAGCGGUAAGAAGCGCCGCUAUCCGAAUACUAAGAUAAUCCUCGCGCACCUCGGCGGAAGCACGCUUUCACUCGCACCACGCGUCGCUGUCCUCUCGCGCCACAUGGGAUGCAGCUUGAUGCCGGAAGAGAUCCUGGAGGAUUUUAAGAGCUUCUACUACGACACUGCGCUCAGCGCUCAUCAGACUACGCUGGCUGCUGCGGAACACUUUAUAGACCGUAAUCGGAUCCUCUUUGGCACUGACUUUCCUGCUGUCAGUAAAGACAUGGCAGGAUGGUUCACGAGAAAUGUCGAAGACUUCUAUGCGGCUGAUCAGGAGCAGCUAAUAGAUGUCCUGAGUGGAAAUGCCGUCAAGCUCAUGCCUUCCCUCGCGCUGAGCGAAUCAUCGUGA